GCGAUGCUGGGGGCUGGGGGCUGGUUGAACGGGUGGGACAAGUGCCCCCGACUCACCAAGAAGCCCGGAGUCGGGACAGACCCUGGCUCAGCCGCCCGAGUGCGAAUCCCGGCUUAACGGAGGGUCUGCGCCCAGAGCCGCUCCCGCCCUCGCCCGGGAGUCUAGUCCCCGGAAGUUCUCCGGAAAGCUGCUGGGAAGAGAGGGAGCCAAGAUGGGCCGCCGCGCCCAACAGGAGUCACCUCAGGCCGAGAGUUACUUCAGCAGCAAGAAUUCUUCAUUGACGCAGACUGAAGAGGCUCCCCCACCGAAACCACCUCGAAGGCAGGGAGGCUGGGCAGACGACUCCAUGAAGGUGUCAAAAUUGGGAAAGAAACUUUCCGAAGAAAUGGAAGACGGCCGCCUGAGACAGCACAGCCUGACUCGAUCAGAUGACGGAGAAGAACUCCGCGGCAGUGUGUCGGUCAGCUUUACUGGGGUUACAGACUUGCGCAGCCUACCCACUUUCUACAUGGCUGUUGGAAAUUCAAAGCCAAGGCCUUCAUGCCCUUCGGGGCAGACGCCCCUCCCCCGCGAGCUGAGUCUUUUCCCCAGCCCCAAUUCUUCUUUAAAACAAAUCUUCCAUUUACCUCUGGUCUCGCUCAUGUCUUUCUUUUUAUGUGUGCGCAUGAGGGUGGGUGGUGUGUGUGCAUGUCCGUGUGCGUGCACGCACAUGCACAUGUAUUCUCUUGCUAUAGUAGUGUGUAGUAACCAUUUUAAGUACUUGGGCUGCUCAUUCUAUCAUUGUAGUCUCUUCUGAAUCUGUUUCUGUUGCCUCAUUUUCCUUCUGCAAGAGGUGUUCCCCCCCACCCACCCACCCACACAUCUCGCUCCCUUACUGAUUAGUAGUUGGAUUGGAUAUGGGACACUCUGGAUGUGAACAUAUUGAUCCUGGAUCUAUUGGUCCCCCUUCAAAGGCUGAUCUGGUUGCUGGCAGGUGAUGUAUCUUUGAUGGUCAGGUUGUCCCUCUUGAGAGCUGUCUGGAGCUAGCCCUAAGCUGUGUCCAACUUUUUGCCAUCAAGACAAAAUGUUGUCGACUGUAAAGUUCACGCUCGAGAACCACACAAUCA